AUGACCGCCUGCACGGAUAGUACGGCCUUUCACCCGCCGACGUUGGGGGAGAGGGAGACUAGGCGAGACGAGGGGGCGACGAACACGGGACUCAGCGGCUGCAGCCGCGGCAACGAAAACAGACAGAUGGGGGAAAGGGGCGGAAAUGACGGGAUCAGCGUGUUUCUCCUCUCCACACAUCACAUUCCACACGCCUUGGAGCCGUAUGCACCCACCAUGUCGGUGUCCGCAAGGCUGGUGGAGCAGUGCCUCUGGAAUUAUCGAGACACCCUCUUUUGGGCGCGGGAAUACGGCCACACGACAGAGGCGGAGAGGAUGCAGCUCCGUUUGCAUCUGCUGCAGCUGAAACAAGAGGCCGCGGAUGGAAAGCGAGACGCCACGGAACCGUCGGGAUCGGCGGCUUCAUUCUUGGUGGAGAAACAGCUGUGGGACCUCAUGCUGCAUGAAGGCGGCACGCACCCCCUGCUUCCCUCGGAGUCGCUGCGCUACCAACAGAUUCUGCAGGACAUGAAACACCUGGCUCGAGGGAUACUGCUUCCCAUUGAAAUCCUGCGGCAUCGCAAUCACUGGCUACUCCUGCAGGAAGAUGUGCAGCUGAACUUGUCGGGCCGCCUCUUUCACUACCGUGUGGUGCUGCGACAGUCCCCACCGGCGACGAUGGUAAGGCGACUCUGGCGCGAAUUGUGGUCACUCCUCGGCGCGGCGUGGAGGCAGCGGGAGCGGCUUAUGGGGGCCUACGCGGAGGGCAUUCCACCCGUUGACCUUGACGGCGACCCGUCGCGGCUCCCGCCCCCGCCCUCGCCCUCCACAUCGCCCUCGUUGCGUGACGCCUACCGCGAGAGGGAGCACGUGCAUGCCAAAUGUAGUUCUCACCAUGCGGGCGACGUGGGAGGCGACGCGCGAGCGGCUUUCGGGGAGGGCGACGACCUCGCCUUUGGGCCGUUGCUGCCGCACCGUGUGGGAGUCACGACGCAGCGCCAUCACGCCAUCCGGGUUCCGUUGUUUUCGUUACUUCGUUCCCUGCGGGUGCGGGUGGGGAGGGCCGCGGCCUCGGCCACGGCGUCGCCCGGCGGGCUUAGCAGCAGCGGCAGGGGCUGCGGCACCGUCCGCUCUGCCGCGCCCAUCUCUUGCGCCGCGGACGCUGCACCACCCAGCGUGCCGUUCUUUGACACCACGGCGGAAGAGCUGGAGGCGUGUCGUGUGCCGUACCUCGCGCCAGAGUGGUUUGUGCAAUUGCGUUCGCGGGCCAGCGGUGCCUCUCAGGGGUGGGAGGACGACGCCGUGCUGCACUCCUACUCGGACGACGCGUGGAACAUCGCCGUGCUGGCGCUGGAGUUCAUGCUGACCGGAUUCCCACUUGCCGAAAGUUGCUGCGGCCGCCCUGACGCCUUCGCCCCGCCAACCUCGUCCCUGUUUGACGACGUUGUGCAGCUCCUGGUGAGCUUUCACGAGGUACCGCUCGAGGCGGCGCAGAACUUUCUUUACGCGGCACUUCACGAGUUAUCCCUGCUGCUUCGUCGAAACGGGUCUGACGUUCCACUGGCGACGCCGCCGCCCCAGGGAGACGGUUAUGCAGAGUCCGAACCACUGCCGCAACGCCUGGCGCAGCAGUGGCACAGCUAUCUGACCAGGACGUACGGCGGGGCUGACAGCGACGGCGCUGCAGUUGGUGGUGGUGUUGGUAGUGGGGAUGCUAGUUUCCUUCGCGACAUUGCGGAGAGCGGACUGCGAUGGUCCCGCCGUGAGCGAUGGGAGGCGUUCAAGGUGGCACAUGCCCAUUUUCUUCAUGAUGCCGUUGAAGUCGCUUCUGCGGCUGGCGAGCGUGACGGUGGUGGUGGCGGCGUUGCGGCGGAUGCCGCCCAGCGUGUUCUGGGCGGCCUGACAAGUCCCCUGAUACCGCUGCAUCCCAUGCUGUGCGCCGCCGCGGCGAGGAGUGGCGUUGUGGCGGAGCCGUUUGUGCGGAACCACCAGCCGGCGAUGGCGCUCCCGCCGCGGCCCUCGUCGCCAUUCCUGUGGGAUGUGCAGCUGCAGCUGCGGGUUUGGCGGCACAGCGUCGAACAGCACGCUAUGGUGGAAGGAGGCUGCCGCAGGGACGUCGAGACGAGGCAGAACGUUGUGUUCAGAGAGUUUGUCCAUGUCGUGCGACGCGUCCUCCAGCAGCGCCCCCGCGAGCGGCCGCGGGCCAGCGGGGAGGAAAGGGAGGCGGCCGCUCGACUUGGUCUUCCGCGACAAGGCCCUUGCGCCGUCGCCACCGCCGCGGCGUCCGCCCCGCACGGGGGCAAGCUGUCGCAGUCGGCCGUGCAGCAUGGGCUGCUGCGAGGGCUGAUGGAGCGCAGCGCGCUCUUUUCGUACCGCACCGACGGUGGUUGCGCCGGCGAGGGCAAUUCUCCUCCCCCUCCUCGUGGCGGGGGUGUUGGCCGGCGGGGCGGCGACGAGGGCGUGGGCGACGGUGACGGUCUCCCCCCGGUGUUUCCCUUUUCGCAGGUGUUCCUCCGCACGGAGGAGCUGCUUGCGUCGCUGCGCAGCGAGGUGGUGUCGCUCAACGCCGCCUCGCCCGCCGUGGCGGCGGCGCGGAGUGCCCUGGACGCCCUCCUCGGGGCGAAGUGGCCGGCCAAGUCGCAGCCUCCCUCCCCUGCCGCGGCGAAGGCGGGGCUGCUGGCGAGCGCCAAGCGGGUCAUCCGGGGAGUUGACUUGGACGUCGCGCAACAACUCGCGCUCGUCGCGGAGCUGCGGCGCCUCCUGUGCGAUGCCUCGCCUGAGCGACGUGCGUCUCUGGUGCGGCGUCGCCUCGCGGAGGCGCAGACGGCCGGGGGAAGCCCUUGCGUGCCUGUGCCGGCCACACUGCGCGGGGAGGUCUGGGGCGCGCUCCUUGGGGUGCCGCCGGAAGCCGCCCGUGUCGCCGCGUAUUACGCGCUCAACACCGCGUGUGUCUCCCCUUUUGAUCGACAGCUGGCGGUUGACAUCCCGCGGUGUCAUCAGUAUCAUCCUUUGCUGGCAACGACGGAGGGGCAUGAGCGGCUCCGGCGCGUCAUUAAGGCCUGGCUGCUGAUGAACCCCGAGCUGACGUACUGGCAGGGGAUGGACAGCGUCUGCGCGGUUCUCCUCGCCGUCAGCUUCACGGAUGAGGCGCUUGCGGCUGCGCAACUGCAGCAACUGACACAGCGUUAUAUUCCACACGAUGCCGUUGCGUCCUCGCCCCCGGGUACGCAGAGCAUGGAGGAACAUCUGCAACAGUUUGCCGUGCUGCUGCGCUACUGUGAUCCGCGUUUGGCUGCCCAUCUCCUUGACGAGGUGGAGUGCCGCCCGGAGUUGUUUGCAAUCAGCUGGUUUCUCGCGCUCUUGGCACACGGGUUACCUGUGGGGAAAGUGUGCCUGCUCUGGGAUUUUCUCUUUGUGUACAGCGAGGCGUACCCGCACUGCCUCACAGCCUUGUGCCUUGCGGCGUUGCUGCAGCAGCGGGAGCGGCUGCUGGGAAAUGAUUUCUCCGUCUGCCUCUCCACCUUGAGCCGCCUGCAGGGCAUUGACGUGCACCUGCUGCUGCGCGACGCGACGCUGCUGCUGCGCUCCGUGCCGCCCGCCGUGGCGUUGCUGCCGCCUCACGCUGGCGAGCGGGCUGGCGACGGGCGGCGAUGCGGGAUUUCGCGCGUGAAUGCCCAGACAAUCCUUCAGGCGUUUAACCGCCGGCUGCUGCGGGGCGUGGAGGAACCGGCGGGUGCGGCGUGGACGCAGUCGGGGAUGUUUCUUGUGGACCUUCGCAUGCACCGCGAGGCGGCGGGGCGGCCGCAGCGAGGCCCACGCGUGGAGGAGCGUGUUGUGGGGGCGCUGCACUUUCCCCUCGUGGCGCCGCCCGCACGUGGCGACGAAACAAGCGCCACACACUCGUCGCAGCGACUCGUCACCCAACAGGCCACGGAGCUCUUGCUGCAGCUCGACAACAUGGCCAUGGCGGCGCUUCCGCCGUCCCCAGCAACGGCGCCGGCGCCAUCGGCAGCGGCAGAGGCGUCGGUGGAUGGUUUGUCCACCGCGCUGCGAGCGUGUGCGGCGGCCCCCCACGUUGUUUUGUUUACUCUCUCGACGACACCCGGCGAGACAGCGGCGGCGGAGUCACUUGCGCUUGAGCUGGUGCGGUGCGGCACGCCGCAUGUGUCUAUUCUGCUGGGUGGGUUUCUGGGGCUCCGGCGGGAAGCCCCGCACCUCAUCGUUGAGGUGGAGGAGGAUUGA